AUGAACGAAGACAGGGAAUUUCAAAAGAAUGUAUAAGUAGCUGUAGAUUCUGUAUCAAUUUAUAUGGAUUUUAGUAUUUGGGGAAGAGAGAUAAGCAGUCAUAAAUGGUUGAAUAGAUUUAGAAUGUUAUCGAAAGGGAAUAAUUGAUUGAUUAAGUCCAAAAAUUACUUGUGGAAUUGAUAACCAAAAUGACAGAGCGUUUUAUAUCUAAUGUAUAGACAACUAAUAUAGUUAUAAUAGAUGAAGAAUCAAGUUGAAAAUGAGAUUUUGAAAUUGAGACAAACAAUAAGGUCAACACAUUAGAGAACGUAUUCUGCAGUAGACAAAGAGAAAGUGGAAGAUUUAGUACAAAGAACCCUGAGUAAGCACGAUGUUUAGAUUAAUAUGUUAUUGGAGCAUCAGUAAGUGUAUUUUUUUCAAUUUUUAGAGCUUAAUUGAAAUAAUUGAGAUCAGAACCAAUUAAUGAGAGUAUUUUAUUUAAUAUCAAUUUAAGUAAGAGUGGGAAAUAAGUAUUAAAAAGGAUUAGGAAACAUUGAAAUAAGAGAUAGAUGAGUAACUAAAAUCAUUCUAGCGAAACUAUAAUUGUACUUAUCUCACUUAUGUGAAUUAGAAAAAUAAUAAACAAUAAUGCAAAUUUUAAAUGAUUUAGUUGUAAAGAUAGAGAAAAUAGAAUUGUAAUAGUAACAAUAAUAAUCGCGAUUGUCAAUAGUUGGUUCGGAUAAGAAGUAAAAGUGAG